AAACGAGUAGCAACAAAGAGACUAUCUUCCCCUUAACUUGUUUGCUUUUGCGAAAAAAUGGCGUCAACUUUGAUCUAUCGUGCUUCACGUAGGUUUCUCAAAUAUUCUUUCCCUUCUUCAGGCCUCCCAUAAUAUCAUUCCCCUUCCAUCUUCAAUCCUUUAAUCUCCACUGAACCAUCUAUAAGCAUAAACCACAACUUCUAUCCUUCACUCUGUCCAUUUGGGCAAUCCCACCAUCAGGAUUCUAAAUUUGAGUAUUUUAAAACUGUUCGAUCUCUCUCAAAUUUUCAGCUUGUUCAGCACAUCUCUACAUCACCUUCAAGUUUAAAAGAGGGGUCAAAGGGAAAUAAGAAUCAAAGUGGCAAUGUGAGUAAAGCAAAUAUCUCUUGGAUCGAUUUGUACUUGCCUAGGCAGGUUCAGCCCUAUGCACAGCUUGCUCGCCUAGAUAAGCCCAUUGGGACAUGGUUGCUUCUAUGGCCUUGUAUGUGGUCAAUUACGUUGGCUGCAACUCCAGGACAGCUGCCUGAUUUUAAAAUGUUGGCAUUGUUUGGAUGUGGGGCUUUGCUUUUGAGGGGUGCUGGGUGUACUAUUAAUGAUCUCCUUGAUCGUGACAUUGAUACAAAGGUAGAACGAACAAAGUCAAGGCCUAUGGCAAGUGGUCUUUUGACACCAUUUCAGGGACUUUGUUUUCUUGGUAUUCAGUUAACUUUGGGUCUUGGGAUUCUUCUGCAACUGAAUUAUUAUAGCCGUGUUCUGGGUGCCUCAUCCUUGUUGCUUGUCUUUUCUUAUCCCCUCAUGAAGAGGUUUACAUUUUGGCCCCAGGCGGGUUGA